AGUAUUUUAUGCUCAAUCGUACGACGACGUGUUACGUUACUAAAAACAAAAUUAGCAUUUACACCGAAACAUAUCUAUCAAUCAUGUUAUCUUUGAUAUAAAAUCAUUCGUGAUUCAGUGAGGAUAUAAGUCGAACGUGCUUAGAAGAAAAACCGUGAAAAUGACGCUUAAUACACACUCGCAGAAGAUUCACUUCAAAACUGAGUCGGAAUACACGAUGAAGUCUAUAAGGUUCCUGCUUUUAACUAUAACAACUAUGUUUAUUAUUAUUGCUGGUCUUAUGGUUGUGCUGGGAAUAUCUGUAUAUACGCACUACCACAACUUCUCCUUCUUUUACGAGGCAGCAAAAAGUGGCCGGUUCAUAACUCCCUCCCUACUGUGCGUCCUAUUUGGCAUGGGACUUUUCAUAGUGACGCUAUUUGGAUUCUUCGGUAGUCUUAAACAGAGCACGUGUUUGGUAAACAUGUACGCAUUUUUCCUCAUAAUUAUGGUGAUACUGAAGAUCGUGGUUGUCAUUUUGUCAUUCACCAUCAGCACAAAUCAACUGCUUGGUUACGUCAGGGUGCCCGUAGAACAAUACGUGGAAGACUCCGAAAUAAGUGUCGAAUUAGACGCUUUACAAAAAUCGCUCAACUGUUGUGGCAGUACGUCUUACAAAGAUUAUGCUGGGAUGAACUUCACCAGUUACCACGACACAGUUGUUAUCAGUACCGAGACGGAUACAGUAGUAGUCCCAACAUCAUGUUGCGCAAAGAGAGGUGACGUAUACUGCACCAGAAUAAGAAGUACUGGUUGCCAAAACGCGUUGGUCAAUAUGCUCGUGCAAAACUCCAGUGUGAUCGGCAUUCUCGGAGUUUCCGUCACGUUUAUUCAGAUUCUUGGCAUAAUAUUUGCCUUGUUGCUGGCAAAGUGCAUUCGUAAGAUGAAAAGUGAAAAGGCACUAAUGCAAUGGAAAAUAAGGGAACAAAUGAUUCUGGCUCAAAAAUCAGAAUCCACAGAUAAAACUGUCUAUAUUGGUCAUACAGAGUCAAGCCAUGCCUAAGAUGUAUAGAAUAUAUUUUUUAUGAAAUUUUAAUUUAAGUCUGGUAAAAAAAACAUGUAAUUUGUGUAUUAUUUAACAAUUGCUAAUAUUAUU